AUGCUGGUCGCGUCGUACAUUAUGUUUGGGAGAUCCCACUUGGACAACUCUAAGCUGGGUCGCUUGGUGGUAAUACUGGUGUCCACUGAAGAUGGCUGCGGCUCCAAAGGAACCAUCGGUGACGGUGAUGUCAACGAUAUCAUGUUCUACACAACUCCAGAUCAACCCUCGUGUCGCUUCAACUGCGACAGAAACAUGGGAAGUUGUUCCUGCUCUAGUUCAUGCGAGUAUUAUGGCCGCUGUUGCCAUGACUACUACCAGUACUGCUACGCCACAACAACAGCUCUACCCUCGUGUCGCUUCAACUGCGGCAGAGACAUGGGAAUCUGUUCCUGCUCCAGUUCAUGCGAGUAUCAAGUUGGCUGUUGCCAUGGCUACUACGAGUACUGCUACUCCACAACUUACAUGCCAACCACAGCUCAACCCUCUUGUCGCUUCAACUGCGGCAGAUACAUGGGAAGCUGUUCCUGCUCCAGUUCGUGCCGGUUUUACGGCAGUUGUUGUGAUGACUAUUACGAGUACUGCUAUUCCACAACUGACAUGCCAUCCACAGGUAAAGUCAACUGCUCCUCAGAUGUAAUGAACAUUGUGAUUGGACGGAAGUAUCUGAACUCGCUGGGCUACGACGGUCACAAUAUCUACCUCAAUGACCAGAACUGCAGACCCCAAAUUUUCAUGAAGGAGGUGGUUUUCAAUUUUCGUGUCUACAGUUGUGGAACCAGUCGCAAGUUUGAAAAUGGCAGAGUGGUCUACACCAACGCAGUGCGUGGCUUCACCACCAGUUACGGCGACGUCACUCGCAAGGCCAAUUUAAAAAUCAACGUGGUAUGCCAGAUGGAUCAAUACUCAGAGUCACAGAUCAUGUACCUGGCACAGAAUCAUGACAACACAAGCAUCACAGGCACAGGAAUGUUCAACACCUCAAUGGACUUCUACACCAGCAGCAGCUUCUUCUACAAGGUGGACGAAUUCCCUUACAAAGUUUCUCUCAACCAGGACAUUUAUGUCCAGGUUGAUCUAAGCAGUAGCAUUAGCUUCUACAUGGAUAUCUUUCUUGACACCUGUUUGGCCUCACCAUCCCCCAACAACUUCCAUACAACAACCUAUUACCUGGUCCGCAAUGGUUGUCCUAUAGAUAACACCUACCAGUCAUAUGUCAGUGGCACCACCAGAUACGCAAGGUUCUCCUUCAAGGCUUUCCAGUUCCUGCGGCACGCCGAGCAGGUUUACAUCCAGUGCAAGGUCAUUGUGUGUAAAGACAACGACUGGAACUCACGGUGCCGCCGCGGUUGCAUCAGGCGCAAGGCCAGAGACGUGGGUGCGAAACACAAGACCCAGACUCUAGUCCUGGGUCCCAUCCAACUUAUUGAUCCAGACAAAAAGGAGAAGGGAUCAGUAAAAGAGGAUGCUGCCUAG